GCUGGGCGGGUUGCUCGGUGACAGAAGAGAGGUGUGGUGGUGGUGGUGGGGUUAUUGAGACUCCCAUUGGCGUCACGCCGCGCGUGCCAAGAAUGUACACAGCACAGAGGCAGCAGCCACGCGCUCGCACAUAGACUCGCUCGCAGACUCGCACACGCAGUCGUAGAACUCACUCAACUCACUCAACAGACGCAUAGAAGGCACAGAACGCGUCGACUCGUCCACAGUAGAGGAGGGCAUACUCGCCCACUCGUAGACUCGCUCACAAACAUACACGCAAACUACACACAGCACACCCACUCGCUGAAACUACACACAGGCACGCACACACAACACACUCACCGAUUCACUUCUAAACUCGCGUACAUUACAUACACACAAAGCGAACACACAGACUCACUUCCAAACCACACGCACACACACACUCCACAGACACACCGAUUACACAACAACCAUUGACACACACAUACACACAGAUUGCACAGACUCACUGACUCACAACAUCACACUGAUUCACCGACAAACACAGCGAGCGCGCGGACGAGUGGACACGCAACUUGAACGCGAAAAGCAGCAGCAGCAGCAGCGACCUGGGAUCGACCAUCCCUGGGACAUCUUCCGAGUGUGACAGCGACACAGCAGAGCCGUGACGUCGGGACAAGAGGAGCGAUGGGAAACACGGAGUCUGCGGCAGAGGAUAUGGUGUUCGAAGGACCGGGAGCCCCGGAUAAAGACCUGGACGGAACGAUCAAGCUCAAGUCGUAUGUGCAGCGCUCCAGCCUCACUGACUCGGAGCUGCCGCCCUUGAACGGCACCCACGACGCCCAGGUGGGAUCCGGCAGCGGCGGCGAUGGCGGCGGAGCGAAGAAAGGAAAGGUCCUCUCGGAUGAUGACAACGGCAGCGUGUUCGUCGACCCCUCCACCGAGGAAGGGAAGAAGCUGCUGCACCGCACGCAGGCGCUCGCCGCGCAGGUGCUGGAUGACGGUUCCGGGAAGGCGGGGGGCAAGCUGCCGGGGUCAGAGCCCGGGGUCGCCGAGGGUCAGCCUGCCGGAACAACUGGGAAGGGCACGGCGACGCGCAAGCCGCCCCUGCGACUCUUCUCCAGGGAUGCGCCUGGGGUCGCCGGCCCCGAGUCCCCGUGCGUCGUCGACAAGGCAGACGGCGCUGCGCCCGUCCCCGCCGAACGCUCCCCUCCUCUCUUCAAGCGGCUCUUCUCCCGCGACGCCCCCGAGCGUGACGACAACACUUUCAAGAACAGGCCCUCCGAGUCGUACGACCUCGAGUCCGUCGAAGAAGACGCGGCGUCAGCGAACGACUCCGACCCCAAACGGGGCCCACAGGGGAAGAGCGCGGAUGUGCCGAUCGUCGGGCAGACGGCCGCCGCGGCCAACGCUGCCCCCGAUGCCAAGCCACCUGGGUCGUUCUACAAGCGUCUCUUCUCCCGCGACGCCCCGGCGCGCUCCGACAACACCUUCAAUGGACGGCCCUCGGAGUCAUUCGACCCGGCGUCAGUGCCGGAAGGAGACGACGAGGGCUCCUCGGCGGAGGACGACGGGGACUCGAAGGGUCGCGGUGAUCAGCGGUCGACCUCGGAUGAGAGUAGGAAGUCGGGCUCGUCUGCAGAUAGGGCUGUUGUGGACGGGGCAAAGGCCGUUGGGGAAGUUGAGAAAUCCUCAGCUGCAAGAGCCUCGAUGGAGAAUGCUCCUCCUCCUCCGCGGGCCAACGGCAAGGAGACGAAGGCGUCGGAGCUGGAGGAGGCAGCCAGGCCGGUGGCACAGGAGGAGGUGGCAGUCGUGAAGCAGAGCAAUGACUCGCUGGAGGCCCCGGUGCAGGGCAAAGGCACGGCCCCCGUGGGCAAAGAUGGAGUCUCCACAGGCAAAGAUGAAGUAGCCUCCACGGGCAAAGAUGGAGUCUCCACGGGCAAAGAUGGAGUCUCUCCAGGCAAAGAUGGAGUCACCCCAUGCAAAGAUGGAGUCUCCACAGGCAAAGAUGGAGUCUCCACAGGCAAAGAUGGAGUCUCCACGGGCAAAGAUGGAGUCUCCACGGGCAAAGAUGGAGUCUCCACAGGCAAAGAUGGAGUCUCCACGGGCAAAGAUGGAGUCUCCACGGGCAAAGAUGGAGUCACCCCAGGCAAAGAUGGAGUCUCCACGGGCAAAGAUGGAGUCACCCCAGGCAAAGAUGGAGUCACCCCAGGCAAAGAUGGAGUCUCCACAGGCAAAGAUGGAGUCUCCACGGGCAAAGAUGGAGUCUCCACAGGCAAAGAUGGAGUCUCCACGGGCAAAGAUGGAGUCUCCACAGGCAAAGAUGGAGUCUCCACGGGCAAAGAUGGAGUCUCCAUGGGCAAAGAUGGAGUCUCCACGGGCAAAGCCGUGACCCCCGCGAGUAAAGGUGAAGCCGCCGUAUCCGCUCCCAAGAGUGGCGGUGCGGAUGAAGCAAAGGGGAAGGAAGAGAAGAAUGAGGGCGAGGAGGACCUCACGUUCAUAGAGAAGGUGGAGCGGUUCUUCACGGGGAAGGAUGACAAGAAGAGCGAUGGAGCAGAGGCGGGGUCAGAGGGUUCUCCAUCAGAGCCCAAGAACCGAGCAGCACCAGCAGGCGUGAAGGAUGCGGGAUCGGCUGAUGGAUCGGCAGAAGAGAAAGCGAGCGAGAAGGACGUGGUGAGCACCGCCUCUGCCGACAGCAAGGAGAACCCCUUGAGAAAGUUCUUCACGCAAAUGUCCAAGAAGGAGGACGAUCCCAGCAAGGAGGAGCCGCCUAAAGCCGAGAAGGGGGAGAAGAGUGAGAAGAGCGAGACAGUUGAGAGCCGAACCUCCGCAGAGGCCAAGGAGAAUCCCGUCAGCAAGUUCUUCCGAGAGCUGUCCAUCAAGGACGACAGCUCCACAAAGGACGACAAUUCUGCCAAGGAGAAGCAGGCCAAGGCUGAGCAGCCCAAAAAAGAGGAGCCGGGCAGAAAGGCAGACGUCGCAGCCGAGGCCGGAGGGAAUACGAGCGAGAAAGUGGAGAGCAGCACCACGGCGGAGACCAAGCAGAAUCCCGUCAGCAAGUUCUUCCGAGAGCUGUCCAUCAAGGACGACAGCUCCACAAAGGACGACAAUUCUGCCAAGGAGAAGCAGGCCAAGGCUGAGCAGCCCAAAAAAGAGGAGCCGGGCAGAAAGGCAGACGUCGCAGCCGAGGCCGGAGGGAAUACGAGCGAGAAAGUGGAGAGUAGCACCACGGCGGAGACCAAGCAGAAUCCCGUCAGCAAGUUCUUCCGAGAGCUGUCCAUCAAGGACGACAGCUCCACAAAGGACGACAAUUCUGCCAAGGAGAAGCAGGCCAAGGCUGAGCAGCCCAAAAAGGAGGAGCCGGGCAGAAAAGCAGACGUCGCAGCCGAGGCCGGAGGCAAUACGAGCGAGAAAGUGGAGAGCAGCACCACGGCGGAGACCAAGCAGAAUCCAGUCAACAAUUUCUUCCGACGGCUGUCAAUGAAGACUGAUGAACCCAGCAAGGACACACAGUCGAAAGCGGAGCAGCCCAAGAAAGGAGAGCCGGACAGUAAGACGGAUGUCGCAGCCGAGGCCGGAGGAAAGACGAGCGAGAAAGUGGAGACCAGCACCACGGCGGAGAUCAAGCAGAAUCCCGUGAACAAUUUCUUCCGACGUCUGUCCAUGAAGACUGAUGAGCCCAGCAAGGACACGCAGUCGAAAGCGGAGGCCAAGAAGGUGGAGCCGGGCAGUGAGGCAGAGAAGGCUGGAGCACAGCAGGCAAAGGAGGUGGCCAACAAAACAGAAGGAGGUGCAAAGCCCUCUGAGAGCAAAGACAACGCCUUCUCAAAGUUCUUCUCUCAAAUAACCAAAAAGGAGGACGACAGCGACAAAGCCAAGAAGACAAAAGCAGAGGUGGCCGCUCACAAUGGACCACACUCAGCCACCAAUGGGAACUCAUCCACCAGCGAGGGCUCCCCCUCCAAUGGGAGCUCACCAACUAUUCGGAGCGAGAGGGCCGGUGGGCUGGAUGAGAACCGUGACAAGAGCGUCCUGGGCAUGCUGCACCGAGUGAACAAGAGGAAAGAGAAGAGACAGGAGGUGUUUGGCGGCAACGGUGAACUCAUCGGCAACGGAGAUGCAUCUUCGAACGAAAUCAUCAGCAGUUCCUGAGCACAAUAACUCGCUGAGCAGCAGAGCCGCACAACUCCAAAGAGCAGAAGAAGUUGUGUUCGACGCCACGUCACCGAUACCACAGUACACAACAGCACCACUGCCACAUCUUGGCACCACCUAACCCAGACACAACACACCGCAGAAGCUGACACAACUCGGGUACGCAGCGCCAUAGCUUAUACCAAUACUCAGCACACCAUAGAAUAUACCAAUAAAACAUACAGCCCCACAGCAUACACCACGACCAUGGAACAUAUGCCGUGACUACUACAACACACAACAACAAUACCACUACGCUGCUAGGUUCAGUACAAAAGCUGUGAGCUUUACCCAGACUACCCAACUCAAUCUGGUGGUCUGGAUAAGGGUGAGAUCCUGUGUUCGUACAAUGCACACGUUUUCCUUUGUUGUUGAAUCUAUUUGUAUUCCGGCCGGCACUACAUUUUCUGUUUUGAUUGGGUUUUCUCGUCAUUUACAGAUUUGAAUCACUACACCGCUGCAACAUACAGCACCAUUGCAAAUUCUAUUGCAGCGUGCAACACUAUAGCAGAUACUCCUACAGGGCAAAUAGCUUCCAUCACUAUCAACACAAGCACAACGUUGUCAGCCUCGAAAUCAAUUACCAGCCAUUUACGCACAAUACAUCAAAAUCAUGCUCGUUGCAUCUUCAUCAUCCACCAUCAUCACGUCUGUAACUUCAGCCGUUCAAAAUAUAGGACAUGCCGCCAGUUUCUGACAGCACGUGCGUGAUGGUGGGUCUGUAAUUUCCACUUUCGGAAAACGGGCGGCUUUGCUUUGGUAUUCGUGCCUUGGUGACUGCCACUGAAAAGAAAUGACAGUGACGAGCCACUUUGUGUAAAUCAAACUCACUGGCUGCGUACUUACAAGCUGCCUUGGAUGGAAAAGUGCACACUGACCGCUAAGUAUCAUGCAGCUACUCCCCUUUCCUUUGCCCGCACCGACUGACAAAAAGGGGCCUGCAGAAUCGUAACGAACGAUAAUAACAACAAUCAUCAUCAUCAUGUUAAGUGACGCACGAGACACCGAGCAGGGGGUUUCAGAGGAGGCGUCGCGGGGUCCCACAUCUGGUCGCGGAUGCCGUGCGGAGGACGCGGCAUUGUCCCGGUGAAGUUCACCGCUCUCUUCUUUGUGAGACCGACGCUGGCAUCUUUUGCGGCGUUUUUAUUUUUAUUUUGUCAGCUGGGGCACCCACACAACAUUCACUUCGUCAGUGUUCGGUGGGUGUUACUUUUACGUUUAACGCUUUUACUUCAGGGUUUUUUUCUGGUAACGGCGUGACACUUUUAAAGCAGUGAAAUCGUCAAGGCCCCAGGGCGGCAUAGUACGGUCGACAGAUCCUCGGAAGUCACAGAGUGAACGCGUUGCUUCCGAGCGCGUCACAAACGUGGCGUUAGUCUUUAUCAGAUUGUCAAACAAGAUGGGUUCAGGAAUAUUAAUAACGAUAGUCAACUUCUUCUUCUUCUUGGUUCUUUCGGUAAAGUCACGUAGAAGGGAAAUAAAAAAAUAAAACAUAAUAAAAUAAUUCUGUCGGGAAGAGCGCUGUCUUCUGCUUGCGUUGUGGCAGAAACGUCGUGAGAAUUAUUUUAUGAUGUUUUCUUUUAUUAUUUCCCUUCUACGUGACUUUACCGAAAGAACCAAGAAGAUGAAACCCUGCAGUCACGAAAGCUUUAAAUCGAAACGAUAGUCAAAUGCACGAAACUUUAAUCAAAGGCUUCUAGCAUCUAUUACAUGGGAUUAUUCUGGAAAAUCUGGGUGAAAAAAAAACGCACGAAUGAGAUGCAUGUUGAAUUUAUUUUGCACCGUGUGUAGCCAACCGUGCUAAUCGGAGGUAAAAUGUAACAAAUAAUUUUGGUGAUGCCGCUGCUGCGUUGGCCGUAGUCCACAAUCACAAAUAAAACCAAACAUAUUCACGCAUUUGUAAAUAACGUAGCCUUGAAAGGAAAAGUAGGCGACGUUUCAGGCAAAUGGCCUUUCUACAUAGCACAUUUGCUACGAUGACAUGCCAUCGCCCCCAAAGCAUAUACAUUAUACAUAUAUACCGUAGUUACUUUUAAGGCCACGGUGUUUUUUAUGAUUGUGUCGAGUAUUUUUUAAUCACAAGUGGAAAAUUCAACCUCGGAAGGUGUUGGUUUUGAUGCGUGCGAGCCCUGUCGCCUCGUCGCGUGCUUUGACAGAUGUGAGAUUGAUGUACAAGUAAAACGCAAUAUAUAUAGGUCGGUCACGCUGUUAUUGUUUAAUUAGAACUGUGUUCUGAGACAUGAUUUUAGUCACCGAAUCGGUAGCGUAUAUUUUAACACCUUUUAGCGAAGCGUGCAAAGUUAAUUUUGCAACAGGGAGGGGGAAAAAAUGUAAUAAUUCGUCAUUCUGCCUGCAGCGCUUUGUUAUUUCCAAAUUACUUCUCGAUGUUUGCAACGUGCUGUUUGCUUUUAAUUGCCGAUGGGGAGCUUUAGAGUUACUCUUGCACGCCGUGUGAUUAAUCCUGCCAGGGGCGAAUGAGUUCAGUCUCUCUCAAAACCACUGAUUGUCAAAAUAUUUUUUUAUUCCUUCCUGCCUUUUUUUAUUACCUUGUAUAGUUUUGCUUUUAACACUGUAACACAAUUUCAAUACAAGUUUAGAUUUGUAUAUUUUUUUAUAUGAAUCAAACACACUACUGGGCAUGCAGUCGGACUGUGUGAUUCCAGCUCUUUGCUCCAUCGUUUGACACCAGUACAUGCAUCGGUGCCAUUAGCAGUGGCAGUAAUUUCUAUGGUUAAGAAUGCAGAACCAAUGGCUACAGACCCGACUCCAGUGAUUUACUGUAAAACACAUAUCGUGUUUAUUUCAUUCCAUUACUUUGGUGGAAGGGGGACAGGGGCAGGUGGGGGAGAGUGGUGGUGCAGUGGUUAGCGCACCGCUUUAUGAAGCCACCACGUGUUGCAUCAUUGACGAGUGAUAUCUGAAGUAGGCCCAUACCCCUCACCCUGCCCCUUACCCUUCACCGACUCGCAUUGACCAGUUUGGUGAAGUAUGGUCAAACAACCCCAACAACCAAGAUGGAAUGGAGGGACCUUCAUCUAGCAGUGGCUUGACAAAGGGAUUACUUUUUAUCAUUUAAUGUAGCUCUUUAAUUAUAUAAGCCUUGUAUAUUUUUUCUAAUGAAAUGCAUUUGCUCAGCGGUUGGGUGGGUCGGGGAAGGGGUAAUCGCAUCGGGGGAACUAAUGUUGUUUUGUAGAUUUGGGAUCGCACCUGGACAUUGAGUGUUUUUUAGAUUUUCACUUCAGGGGUUUUGUGACCAGCACCCCUCCCACCUCAGUCCUCAGAGACCGACCAUCAGUCUGACUUUUUACGCGGCCGCCAGUCGCUCACACUCGGAUGUACAUUACCCGCCUGCUCGUUAAAAUGUAAAUUAUGAACUGUUUGUAAAUUGCUCGUGUCUGUUGCAAGGCAUAUGUCGAAUGCUGGACUGAGGUGGUCCCCGAAGACUGUAGUUGAAAUCCACUUGUUAAGUGAACAAAUAAACGAUAUGCAACUUCGGCAAGA